CAGCUGACCAAGAGAGAAAGGAGGGGGGAGGAAGAUAUAAAGGGAGAGAACCGAGGAGACACACAGAACGAAAACUGCACUUGAACACUCACUGGUGACAGAGGAGCACUUGGAUCUCACAACAAACAACGCAAUAACUUCAGAAGUGAUAUACAGACAUGGAGAACCAAAACAAGAUGCAUUCAGAAGCUGUGUUGACAAACAGCGACUUGUCUGAGCAGAUCAAGGCGGUGACAAAGGACAGCCACGUGAGGGCCGAGAACACAGAGUUGAUGCUGAGUUACCAGAGAGGACAAAUCAACCUGCCCCAGUAUAAGCUCCUGCUCUGCUCCCUGUAUGAGAUCUACCAGGCUCUGGAGGAAGAGUUGGACAGGAACUCUGAGCACCCUUGUGUCACACCUAUUUACUUCCCCUCCGAGCUGGCCAGACUGGAGUCUUUAAAGAGGGACCUGGAGUUCUUCUAUGGAAAGGACUGGAAGGAGAUGCUUGUUGUCCCAGCCGCCACAAAGAGAUACGCACAUAGACUGAGACAGAUCGGCAAAGACAACCCAGAGUACCUGGUGGCUCACGCCUACACCCGUUACCUCGGCGACCUGUCCGGGGGUCAGGUCCUGGGCCGCAUCACCCAGAAGUCUUUGGGGCUGAAGAGCGGCGAGGAGGGCUUGGCGUUCUUCUCCUUCCCCGGGGUGAGCAGCCCCAACCGCUUCAAGCAGCUGUACCGCGGCAGGAUGAACGGCAUCGAGCUGACGGAGGAGGAGAGGACGGGCGUGCUGGGGGAGGCUGUCCUGGCCUUCGAGUUUAACAUCGAGGUGUUUGAUGGCCUCCAGAAGAUGCUUAGUGAAACAGAGAAUGACAACAACACACUGCAGAGGCACGCCACACAUUCCAAAUUGGACAAUGGGGACAGAGAGGUUGCUAAAUCUCUCCAGAUUCCAGCCAGUCUGAACAACGCCUCCCCUCUCUUUAGGAUGAUUCUGGGUCUCUGUGUAGCUCUGGCCACUGUUGGAAUGGGAAUAUAUGUUUUCUAAACUAGUGUUUUCAAUCCUUCUUAUAUCCGUCCGUAAUGCAAAAUGACCCUCACAGAUGCAUUGUGUAUUUUUUUUUUAAUUCAAAAUCCUUGCAAGACGGUUUCAAUAACAUAAUCCUAAUGAUUACACACUAAAGUGACGCCUUAACACCAAGUACUGAUCGGAUUCUUGUAAUUAUACUGUAAUUAUAUUUUUAUACUGCAUGACAUUGAAUCUUGUAAAACCACCAGCACUUGUUAACCCAGCACUUAAUCCAAUUGUAUGUAGCCUUGCUAAAAAAUACGAGAAUAUACUUGUCACACAUGCAUAUAACAGUAUGUUGCAAUGUUGACAAGUUGAAUACAGUAUUCAAUGUACUUUAUGAAUGACAUAAAGGCUAAAGCUCGACAUUUCAGAUUUAGUAAUGGCCAUCAUGAUAAUCUAAUAUGCAUUGAGAUUGUUGUCCCCAUUCAGACAGUGUUACAAUAUAUGAAACUUUGAAAAAGAUGAUGUAUAUACUGUAUAUAUAUUUGUACAUGUUCUAAUAAAAAGACUACCCCUUUUUGGGUAUCUGAA